AUGUGGCCGACGCAUCACAGAUUGCCCCAGCAGUCCAAGGCCGAGCCCAAGGCCGAGCCAACGCGCAAAUGGCGCGAUGGCAAGCUGACUUUCCUGCCUCUGCGCGGCCCUGUGCGUGGCUCGUCUGUCUCCUCGGUCGCUUCUUCGCAAGCAGAGCCGGCUGGUUUUCGCAGCGCCGUGCCGCCGGCCGACUAUCCUCUGGGUCAGCGCGCGCGGCUGCAGGCGACGGCGCAGGAGACCCUGAACGUGCUGCCGGGUCUGCUGCACGAGCUGGGCACAAUGCAGGAUGCCAGCGACACGGAGAAGCUGACGGUCGACGCCGCUCCACGGCUGCACCCCGAUCGCUGUCCGGCGUUUUCGCGGCCGGCCACAAUUCGUGUCGUGGACGAUGACACGCUCAACGUGGCCGUCGCUUUGGGCAGCUGCCAGCUUCACGGCCACUCGCAGCGGCCGCCGAUCGUGGUCAACUUUGCCAAUCGCCGCCAUCCUGGUGGCGGCUGGCGAAAUGGCGCCAUGGCCCAGGAGGAGGCUCUCUGCUACCGCAGCUCGCUCUCGCUGAGCCUGCACCAGAGCCUCUACCCGCUCGGCCGCGACGAGGUCUUCUACAGCCGCUACGUGCUGGUCAUGCGCAGCGACAUGUCCUCGGGCCACCACCUGCUGGCGCCAGCCGUGCCGCCCCGGCUUCUGCCUGUCGUCAGCGCCGUCACCGUGGCUGCCUUGUAUCGACCCCCGGUGCAAUCGCUGACCGUUCGGGGCGCCGGCCACGACGAGCAGAGAGAGCAGCACCGGUCACGCAAGAGACGCCAGCAGCACGGCCACGAGGAUGAUCGCUGCAAGCGUGAGCGGAACGACAGCAGAGAGGGCAGAGAGAGCAGAGCCAGCAGAGCCAGCAGUCAGACGGCAGACGGACGCGCAGUCAGGCCUGAUAGCCGGAUGCACAGCUCAGACGAUUACGGGGAUGGCGAGAUCGAUAAUGCCUACGACUGUCUGCUGGAUCCAGAGCUGGCGGCAGCCAGAGCAAUGGCCUCGUCGCCAAGAUCGUCUAGACCGUCGUCACCACCGGGACACACGAAGCUGGUCUUUGCAAAGGAUCGCGACCGCGAUGCCACAAAGGCCAAGAUGCGUCUGACGCUGCGAGCAGCCGCCCGUCAUGGCCACGACCAGCUCGUGCUGGGCGCCCUGGGCUGUGGCGUGUUCGGCAACCCGGCCGAAGAUGUGGCCCACUGCUGGCUCGAGGUCCUGCACGAAGACGAGUUUGCCGGCGCUGUCAAAAGUCUCUUCGAUAUUGGCUGGCAACACCCUGGCAAAAGGGCCGCGGUAACGGCCGUAUACUUCUGGGGCCAGAAGGAACUGUCGCUGGCAUCCUCCACUUCAGACCCCUUGAGUCUGCGGUCAGACUACUACUUCCACGGCACCCGUCGGUCUUGCAGCAUCGGUGACUACGGCGUGCAGCCCUGCCACAACAGCGACUGCAACCUGUGCAGCAUCCUUCGCGACUCUUUCAAACUCAGCCGAGCAGACUCUGCCGGUAUGUUUGGCCCGGGGAUCUACACCACGCCAAUAUCCUCAAGUAAGCAAGAUGAACCGCAGGACUGCCUAUACCGCAACCAGAACUGGACCGGAACUGACCUCAAGCUGCAGAAGCCGAUCUCUAUGCCAAAAAUCACCAUCUUCGCUCCUUGGAGCACGCCAUGCUUCUCUGCCGAGUCAUGUGCAGCCGGCCACAGCCACUCUACCGGCCAGAUCAAAACCGCACCGGACCGGAUCUUGGAUACGAUGCUGUAUGUGCACCCAAUCACGAAUGUCUUAGUCAGCACCAGAGCACUAACAGCUUCCCUUAUCCAGGUCAGGGCCGUCACCAGAGACAAGGGCGGUGCUGUCGACUACCCCGAAAUUGUUCUCUACGACGAAAAAGCCAUUGUCCCAUGCGGCUUAAUAAUGUAUACUCGUGAAGGUUGGAUGCCUCGCUGA